AUGGCUCCUUUCACGCAGCUCCCCGCCGAGCUUGUCAUCCUGAUCGCCAACCUUCUCGAGCUUCCAGACCAGCUGAGCUUCACCGCCACGAGCCACUAUUUCCACAACAUCGUCAAUCACGUUGUCUACGAAGAUAAUGUCAAGCACGGAGGUGCAUCGUCCUUCUUCUGGGGCGCAGAGAACGGUGUCAUUGGCACGCUGAAAGCCGGCCUGGCAGCCGGCGUCGACAUUAACGCUUCCGUCUGGCCACAGCUUGAUUCGUCCUCAGACGGUGAUAGCUCAAGUGACGAGAACGUCGACGAGAGCGAGGAGGCGAAAGCCCCAAAGAAGUCUGCUACGGCACUUCACGUCGCCGCUAAGCAUGCUCGCCGCGAUGCCGUCGAGUGGCUGCUCGACAAUGGCGCCGAUAUCAACGCCCCGUCUUACAAGUACUGCAACUGUCUACGUAUGCACUGGCGCAAGUAUUUCACCCCCCGAUCUGAGCGGCCGACCUGGACACCACUGUUCAUGGCCUUGAAUCACACUGACACAGCGGUGGCCGAGCUGCUCAUCUUCCGCGGGGCGAGACUGGACAAUCUCAAUGUGUCGCGUGAUGAGAAGAUCACUGCACUGCAAGUAGCUGCUGCAAAUGGGCACACCUCUAUUGUCAAGCUUCUCGCUCUCGACGUCAACCUGGACAUUAACGAGCGAGAUUAUCGCCAGAACACGGCGCUUCAUUAUGCCUCACAGUUCUGGGGCCAGGGCGAGACGGAUCUCUUCAAGUCCUCUGCGAUCCCCAAGCUGCUCAGCCUGGGCGGCGACAUCGAGGCUGAGAACCAGGACGGACACACACCGCUCCUCCACGCCUGCUGGAUGGGCAACUAUCGUGCAGCUAGUCUGUUCGUGCGUGCAGGGGCCAAUCCCAAUCCUCACCGCCUCAUACCCGACUUCACGGGCGUCCAGCCCCUGUACUUCUGCGUGCAGUCCAAGGCGCGGAUCGCGACGCACUGCGAUCGCGUACCCUCGCAGGCCAAGUCCGAGUGGGAGGACGCCCGCAUCGAGCUGCUGAAGAGCCUCAUCGAUGCGGGCGCCGACAUCGAGGCGCGGGUCACCGAGAGCGGGCACUCGUACCGCGGGUCUACGGCGCUCAUGUACGCGGCGCAGUACGCCGGUCAUCGCGCGGUGCAGGUCUUGCUAGAUGCCGGCGCCAACUUCAACGAGCAGAACAGCGGCGGGGAGACGGCGCUGCUGCUGUGGCUGCGGGGCGACGAGAUCCAUGAUGCGUCGGACACGACGGCCGAGCUGCUCAUCAAGGCAGGGGCUCGCAUCGACUUCACCGAUCACGUUGGAGUCGACGCGCUGAGCUGGGCCGUUACACAGUAUGACCCGGACGACCCUGCUGCGGCGGACGGGACGUGGUCCAAGAAGAUUGUGCUGCGGUCCAUGCUGGAGAUCAUCACGGCGCGCAACGUCUCGGACGCUCGACUACGCCGGGAGAUGAGCAAGUGCGCGCGAACCGGCAAGGCUGCUCAACUAAGUCUGCUAUUGAACUGCCUCGACUGGCUAUUUAACGUGACCGAGGGGGAUAUUCGCACGCUCACGGACGACAUCUUCAACCAGCCAAUGACGAUGGACCGGCAGCCUACCCUGGACAUCAUAAUGAACUACGGUCCGCGCCCGGAGUCGACUGAAGCGCUAUUAUUACGGGCAUUCUCAAAGCAGGACCAGGGGCUGGCUCUAGCUCUCAUCCAGCGGGGCGUUGACGUGGACAUGCGACUCUGGGCAAACAGGACACUCCUACAUGCCGCCUGCGACUGGUCAGAGCCUGAGGGCAUGGCUCAAACGGGCAAGGAGGCUGUCCAACUGGUAGAGGCCUUGUUGGAGCGAGGCGCCGAGGUCGACGUCUUCGAUGACGAGCUACGGACUCCGCUAUCCAUGGCCAUUAUCAACAACAACAAAGUGGUCGCGAACGCUCUGAUGCGGGAGGUGGCGGAUCCGUAUCUCGUACCCCCAGAUGAUAUCCUCGAGGAGCUAUAUCCCGACGAAGACGAGCGCCUGUGCGCCAAGAAGAGCUAUCAGACAUCGUUCGACCUGGCUAUCCGCCACGACCGGUUUGAGAUCCUCGAUAAUAUGUGCAGUCGCUUCGCCUUGCCAGACAUGCCGCCCCGCUCGCGGAAGACAUAUCUCCACCGUGCCGUGGAAGACUAUCGAAUGUUUAAGCUCCUGCUCUCGAAGGGCGCGGACCCCAACGGCGGCGAGUGGUGUCUCGAUCCUCCGCUCGUCUCUGGCUUGCGCUACAUGCGCGACACGCCUUCGCCUGACGACGUCGCUGUUCGCAUGGCAGUAAAAAUGCAGCUGCUUCUAGAACACGGCGCCGACAUCUACAGGAAAGGUAGGGGCGGUGUAGACGCCGUCGACAUCUUGGGGGACAUCGUGAGCGCGAAAAGGUGCAAGGCGAACCCGAUCGACCUGGUCGAACUGAAGGCGCUUAGUGAGCUGAUGCUGAAGAAUCAUGAAAUGUCUGAAAAGACUGAGGAUGAGUCCGCAAGAAAAGAGAGGCUCCUUAAGCUAAUAUCGGAUAUAUGA